CAGGCUCACUUCACCGCCUUCUGGCCUUUGAGCUCUUGCCUAGAGCCCGGCCCGAGGUUUAUCGUCAAGUUGACAGAUUUUGUGCCCCCCGAUAUAUAUUGCCGGUCUUGAGCCAGGCCUCAGACGCCUCUCCCUGGCGCAACAUACCACGUUCGCUACCUCUCAACGGAGUUCACUGUGACUCUAUUUCACUUCUUUCGUUAAUUACAUUACCAUUAAUUCCAAUGGCUGGUCCCGGUGGCGGUCCUCCACGCCGGAGUCACACGAAGUCUCGGAAGGGAUGCGAAACCUGCAAGCGCCGCCAUAUCAGGUGUGACGAGAACUUCCCGCAGUGCCGUAACUGUACGAAGCACAAGAUCCGCUGCCCGUACAAUGACAUGCCUGUCACUGAAGACCGAGCCGGGUCCCCCGACAAGCCGGAUCUCAUGUGGACUCCCGAGAUUGAGGCAACGAUUGAUCAGUGGCAACGUACCGGAAUUUUCCCGUUUCCUAGCCUGAACAUCUAUCCAGCCCCGGCCCCUCAGAGCCUGACGGUUGAGGACCUGAGGUUGAUUCAUCAUGUCGCCUCGAUCAGCCAUGAGAUGAUUGAGAUUGGUGCCAAUGGCUUCACCCUGUGGACCCGGCAGAUUCCAACGAUUAUCAAGAUUGGUGCGACACACCAAUACGUGCUCCAUUCCCUGCUGGCCUUCUCUGCAAUGCACAUCGCUUUCCUCACCGACUGCCCAUUGGUCGGCAACAUUGCCUACGAGCAUCGCGGUAUUGCAUUGAAGGGCCUCCAGGAAGCAAUUGGCACUUUCUCGAAGGAAUCUUCCGACGCUAUCCUCGCCGCAUCCCUCGUCCUCUCGUGGCAAGCUACAGAUUGCUGGACCCAGCUGAUGCAAGGAACCUCAUCGGUUAUUGAGGCCAUGGAUCCUUGGAAGGACGAGUCUCAGUUUGGCGACUUCAUUGCCGAGAGCAGCACGUUUCCGACCGCUCCCCCGUCGCCCGCGCCUGAUCACAAACCCAGCCAGCCAUCCAAGGAGGAUCUCGAUGCGUUCCAGCGAACCCUGCAGCAGUUGCAGAAGGUCGAGAUACACCUCAAGCAGAACCGGGAAGACAUAAAGUCUGUUGUUCAGUUGAUCAGUUUCCUGAAGGGCGCUCGCAAAGUCAGCCCAACGUUAUCGGUCGCCCAACAGUUCGAGCGCCUGCGACCUUUGCGCACGUGGCUAUUCUGGUUGCCAGUCAUGUACCUUCAGCAGACCCAGGGUUCUCCAAGCUCCUUGGUAAUCAUCGCCCACUACUAUACGGUGGCUCUUCUAAUGGAACGUCUCUUUCCUGAGAUUGGCGCCGCAUACUUCGGGAGCUUGACAAUUGGCCCGGUGGAAGAGAUUGCCCGUCGGCUUUUUUCGAAUAACGUAUCGGGUCAGCUAGAAGGAGAUCUGCAGACGCCUCUCACUCUCAUGGAGUUCCCGAUUGAUACCGUCAGCGAAUUCCGCUCUCGCAUGGGAUGGGUCCGGCCCACUCGUACUCAGUCGUUCCCGCAGUUCGAUCCGCCCAACUUCUACAUGGAUGGGGGGUCGCCCAUGGCUAUGCCACCAACGACGGCAUCCGAGUAUCUGCCUUACGGGGGCAAUCUGGCUUUCAGCUACAGCACCGAGGAUUUGUCGAUCAUGGCGUCGGAGGCUGGCCCAAACAGCGCCAUCAGCCCGCUCCAGCUGUCAUCGCCCUUCGCUCAUCAGUAUCUCAGCAUUCCAAGCCCAUCCUACGGAGGGUACAGCCCUGCUUCGAGCACCUUUGGCGACUUUGGCGAGGCAUCCUCGAUUGUUUACAGCGAUGCUGAAGAGUUCGACGCGGGCUUUUCUGCCAACACAUCUAUGCUAGGCGGUGCCAAUGCUUAUGGAGUCGGGUUCGUUACUCCAACCCAGACCGUGUGGAUCUAGAUCUCUGGUCACCACACCGUCUGCCCGGCUUUCGAAAGAGGCAAACGUGAUUGACCAUGGCGACCAGGAAAUCCUCGUUGCUAAGCAGA